CAUAUGUAAACAUGGCGGAACCUACGAACAAUUCGGAGGAUGACAAUCUGUCAUGUAAGAUCUUGAUUAUCGGUGCUGGCAUGGCUGGAUUGUCCGCGGCAACUCAUUUAUUGAAGAAUAACGAAACGGAUUUUCUCAUCGUCGAGGCGCGCGGACGUAUAGGUGGACGAAUCGUUGCGGCGCAAGUGGGCAGUGAAAAAGUUGAGUUAGGAGCAAAUUGGAUCCAUGGAGUAUUAGGUAAUCCCAUGUUUGAGUUGGCGAUGGCAAAUGGUUUAAUAGACAUUGUACAUGUGCCGAAACCUCAUAAAGUAGUGGCAGCAUUAGAGGAUGGAAAACAGUUGCCAUUUCCUGUAUUACGAGAGAUCUAUGAGGCUUAUGUAUGCUUUUUGAGGCGAUGCGAAGAAUACUUUCUGAGCAUGUACAGUCCGCCGGAUGGUAUAACCAGCGUAGGGGCACAUAUCGCGCUGGAAGCAGAGAUAUAUCUGUCUUCUGUGCCACCUGAACAACGAAGAAUAAGGCAACUGAUCUUCGACUGUUUACUGAAGAGAGAAACUUGCGUCACGGGCUGUGACAGUAUGGAUGAUGUAGAUCUCUUAGAAAUGGGCUCGUACGAUGAGCUUCAAGGUGGUAAUAUUAGUCUUCCGAACGGAUAUAGCGUUAUAUUGGAACCAGUUUCAAAACACAUACCAAAGGACCGUAUUCUUACGAAGCAUGUUGUAACAAAGAUUAGGUGGCAGAAACAAUGUUAUCAAGACGAUGUCGAUCUUACAGGAAAAUCUGAUUUUAAAUCAAAUAGCCUUAUAGAAGUACAAUGUGAAAAUGGAAAGACGAUUACUGCAGAACAUAUAGUAUGUACAUUACCGUUAGGCGUUUUAAAAAGGACAGCUAAGGAUUUGUUUGAACCGUCAUUACCCACAUACAAACUGGAAGCAAUAAACAGACUAAUGUUCGGUACAGUGAAUAAGAUAUUUCUCGAAUACGAACGGCCUUUCUUAAAUCCUGGUGUAUCGGAAGUGAUGCUCCUUUGGGAUGACGAUCGAUUAUCCGAAGCGGAAAAGCGGGACAUUAGUAAGACCUGGUUUAGGAAGAUAUAUUCGUUUAUUAAGAUCUCGGACACGUUGUUACUCGGUUGGAUAUCCGGUCGCGCGGCAGAAUAUAUGGAAAAGUUGAGUACCACGGAAGUGUCAGAUGUGUGCACGACAAUCCUGCGGCGAUUUCUCAAUGAUCCUUUCGUACCGAUCCCGAAGAACUGUUUGCGCACCACGUGGCAGUCUCAACCGUACACGCGAGGUUCAUACACUGCAAUGGCUGUAGGAGCAAGUCAACUGGAUAUCAGAAGUUUGGCCGAGCCGUUAAUUCAAGAAAAAACGGAAAAUAACACAGACGAACCGGUCAAAAUUCUAGUGGCAUUUGCAGGCGAACACACCCAUUCCUCGUUCUAUAGCACAGUACAUGGAGCAUAUUUGACUGGUCGAACAGCAGCUGAAUUACUGUUGGGUACCAAACAGAGUGAGAAACAUGCCUUGAGUCUUAGUUGCGAAGAUACCAGCGAUCUCAGUUCGUGGAUACAAGGCAUUUCUUUAAAUUAA